UUCUAUAACAGUUUAUUUAAGACCGAGAAUCAACAUUUUGCUGGUGGCAAUACUGAGUGGGAGGAGCGUAAGCUAGGAAAAUUUGCAAAGAGUGAAACGAGAUUGGUGGAGAUUUUGGAAAGUCUCUGUAAGCUAAAUGUCUUGAACAAUAGAGAAGGAUAUUCUGGCGUGAAAGACAUUGAAUUCAAGUGUCAAGAACUGGCAGAAGAACACGAAGAAACCCUUGAAAAUUGGUAUUUUCAUAAACAAAAUUCGGACCCUGACUUGCUUCACUGGCUUUGUUUCGACAGACUUGAACUGUGUUGUCUUCCUGGACAUUUUGGUAAAGAUUGUAAGGCGUGUCCGGGAGUUGAUCGUAACUUUACUGCUUGUUCAGGUCACGGAGAAUGCGAUGGGGAUGGGUCUCGUGAGGGUACCGGAAAAUGUCAGUGCAACCGAGGUUACGUAGGUUUUAUGUGUAGUAACUGUGAUGCUGAUUAUUAUCCUGUUGCAGGAAAAUGCCACCGGUCUUGUAGAGGAGGCUGUGUAUCAGAAGGCCCUAAAGGUUGUAAGGAGUGUCGGAAGGGAUGGAUUUCUGAUGAAGAAAAAGGAUGUGUAGAUGUCGACGAAUGUUUGGAAGGCAAUAAGUGCCUUGGAGAACAAGAAGUUUGCGUUAAUAAUGAAGGGUCCUAUUCGUGUGAGUGUAAAGAAGGGUAUGCGAGGGACCAUAAAGAGAAAGUGUGUAAAAUAGAUGUUAACGCAAACGACCCAUGGAUUCGUCCUGACAUCUUUCUUCGUUCUGUUUCCUUCACGGCUCUUUUUGUUUUAAUAUCACUGGUCGUUUGGUUACGAUCUAUUUCUUUAGCUGUAUUUGCUGGUUUCUGUCUUUGUUUAAUACUUUAUAUAGAAUUAUGGCUUGAUACCGAUUCUUUCUUUGAUGCUUUGCGUUGA